AUGGCCUCGGCAACGAACAGUGGUUUCCCAACCAAUUUUAUCUUGACUCCGCAGCAGCAAAGCCUGCUGUUCGCCGCUCUCAACUCGAACAAGCAGCAGCUCGCAAACCAGUCACCCACCACCACAAAAGACACCUCCAUGUCACCUUCCUCUUACCAAACCUCGCCGGCGCAGGGUGCCGCCCAUGGCUUCCAGGAGAGCCCUUACCUUGACAACUACGAUUACGACUUCGGCGACUCCAGCUUCGACUUCGAUGUCAGCACCGUCGGCCAAGGUAAGAUGAUCGGCGACAUCCCCGGAGGUGCCCAGUCGGCCCAGUCAACCAAGUCGGACUCGACUGAGAACGAUGGUACCGACAAGAGAGCCCAUCCCGACGAUGAGGAAGACGAAGACUUGCCUGGAAAUGAUGCAAAGAGGCGCGAGGGUAACGAAAAGGUUCCGAAGAAGCCUGGACGUAAGCCGCUUACCUCCGAGCCAAGCUCAAAACGCAAGGCCCAGAACCGCGCUGCCCAGCGGGCAUUUCGCGAGCGCAAAGAGAAGCACCUGAAGGAUCUCGAGACCAAGGUGGAAGAACUAGAGAAAGCGUCAAAAGACGCUAAUAGCGAGAACAGCCAGCUCCGUGCCCAAAUCGAACGGAUGACUGCGGAGCUCAACGAGUACAAGACCAAGAUGGCAGCCAUGAGCACCCGGUCCGUACCCCAUACCAAGUCGCCCAUGGGAUUCGGAGCAUCCGCCAUCGGCAACCUGAGCGAUGUCAACUUCCAGUUUGAGUUUCCUAAAUUUGGCGUCCUGCCAGGGUCCCAGAUGCUCAACAAGUCUGCCCAGAGUGCGAGGUCGUCCUCGUCGCCCAACGUCAACGAGAGCAACCCUGUCAGCCCUCUGGACAAAAACAACAGCCCUGGCGUCUUUGCUGGGCUUGACUUUGGCACCAAGGACGACUUGACCAACUUCACUUCCCUUUUCAGCCCAUCCCUCGCCACUGGCUCUACAGGCACUGGUACAUCGCGCACCAGUGUGGACUCUGGCUCGUAUGGUAUUAACAACGGUACAUCGACCAGCUCACCGUCAGCGUCGUCGCAGUCCAACGGGGGAGGUCCAAGUUCAUCUUGCGGUACCUCUCCUGAGCCGUCCACCCAGUCGCCCAUGGGUUUCAAGCCCGUCGACACCAUGACGACCAUUGGCGAAGAGUCUGCCAACCAGCAAUCUUUGUUCGCAGGCAUCGACACUGGUAACUUUGAUUGGCUUGCGCAGCAGAACGGCGGACAAUUCGAUCCCCAGCUCUUUGGUGACUAUCGCGAACCGCAAGACAACGUCCUUGCGGGCACCACCUUCGACGACAGCUUCUUCAACGAUGCCAUCGACGCCGACUUCAUUACGCCGUAUAACAUGGCCCUCAGCCCUGUUGUGCCCAAGAAGAACCUCAUCGACCAAAUCGAUGCUGCCAAGAAUGCAGACGAUGAUUUGAUUAAGGAGGCCGUCAAGGCCGAGAAUUACAACUGCAACAAGAUUUGGGAGAAGCUUCAGAGUUGUCCUAGUGUGCAGGCCGGCGAAUUCGAUCUUGAUGGCUUAUGCUCCGAGCUCCAGAAGAAAGCAAAGUGCUCCGGCCAAGGUCCGGUUGUUUCUGAGACGGACUUCCAAACCGUUGUCAACAAGUGGAUGGGCAAGGAUGCGGCAGCCUGCUUUAACGGCCAAGAAAAGAACAAGCCGAGAACCUAA